AUGGGAAACGCAGUCCCUGCUCCAGUCAGGAAAUCCAUUUCUAGUCUACAUAUCCCUAGCUUCCGUAGGAGAUCUAGCGCUUCGGUACACAUUCAGCCGGCAACGGAUGAGCUCCUGAGGGAGAAACCAUUCAGAGAUGACCCGACAUCGGUACGAGAGUCCGAGCAGAGGAAAACGGAUAUCGAACGCAAGUACAACGCAUUCUAUGAAAAAGACAGAUUACAGCAGUUCAUCCAACGCUAUGACGAAAACUCAUGUCCCAAAGGGAAACGGGAAAACUUGCUCGUGCUCGGCUGCAUCGUUACUUGGUCGAACGCGAGUCUCUACAAAGUUCAGAAGCUGCCUUCGAAAGAAAAGUUUCUCCUCAAAGUUUACCAAAAGACGGGCUUGGACGAUGGCUACCGGAGGAGCAGGGUAGUCCAGGAGAAAAUGAUCCAAUUCGCCGCACGAAACGAGUUCUUACUCGGAUUGGAUUCCGCAUUCCACGACAGCAAGUAUGUGUACAUGCUCUUGCCGUUCGCGAAGUACGGCCAUCUCGGGAGAUUCCUCAAGGAAAAAAAAGCCUUGAGCUUGAGGACGAUCAAAAUCAUCGCAAAACAGAUGGCCCUGGCUCUCGAGUAUCUGAACGACGUUCACGUCUGUCAUCGCGAUAUUUCGCCGGAGAACAUCUUCAUCUUCGAAGAUGGUUAUCUGAAACUGGGAGAAUUUGGAUGCGCUAAAGUUGUCCCCGAUCGCACUUUCUCUAAAAUUGGGACGACCCGCUACAUGGCUCCCGAAAUGUUCGGCGAAGACGGUUACGAGCGGCAGGUCGACAUGUGGGCUUUCGGCGUGGUACUCUACGAGAUGCUAUGCGAAGGGCGUCAUCCUUUUUCGACCAGGACGCACGAGGUACACGUCAAAGAAGACAUUCACUUCCAACCCCUCGCUCUCCCCGCGGAACUAUCCAAGAAAUAUCCCAAGGAUUACAGGGAUAUCAAGGACCUGCUCGGAGGCUUGUUGGAGAAGUCGGCCGCCCGUCGAUUCGGUCGCGUGGAGCCCGGUAUGUCGGGCGUGGUGUUCCACCCUUUUUUCAAAGAUAUAAAUCACAAAAAGAUGACCGCCAAGGAUUUUAAACUCGAAGUGUUUAUCGACGAGCCGAAAGCCUCGAAGGAAGGAAUCAUGGGUCGAGCAGGCAACGAGAAAAUGGAGCCCGAGGAUUUGCAAGGAUACGAAGGCUUUUAA